CUCUUGAGGACUGACCAAGACCGGAGUUCAGGGAAUCCUCGCCUGCACGUACUUCUGAUCAGCCAGCCUGUGCGUCACACUACGUGCGUGUUCAGCAGGUGUGGGCUUCCCUUCCUGAUUCUUACUUGUGCUGAUCAGCUGAUUGGAGAUUCAGAUCCAGAUGGCUGUCAACACCGAGACCUUUUUCACAACAUCAGCAUACUUGGCAUGCUCCUUCUUCUUCCUCCAGUGACGACAACGCACCAGGGAGUAAUGCAGCCAGAACAGCACAGAGAAGAAAAGGAAGAGGGUGUCGGCAAGAAGUUGGGUGAAAUUCUCUUGGAACCCUGAGAGGAGGUGUCAGCUUUGCCGCCAGGCAUCUACACACACACAUAAUAGAGGAUCCCUUGGAACUUGUGGCGGGAGGAUUUCAUAUGCAAGUGUGUUUGCGCCAGUGUGUGAGCAUGCAUGUAACUUCAUCAGGCUGGGAAUAGACCCAGGGACGCUGAAACCUCUUAACCUCCUGGUCCAGCCUGGCACUGAGACGGUGUGUGUCAGCUGGUGUGUGUGUGCUAACAACUGGAGAUAACAGCUCUCAAGGGCACACAUGGUUGUAAACAACAAACACGGACUUGCUGCGAUUGAAAGUAUCUUAAUAUAAUUUGGAAAUGUCUCUUCACCCUGUCAUGCACCACCAAGGAAUAUUAUAGUCAACAGUGAGUGUGCACAUACAAGUGUGCUCACAGGAGUGUGUGCUGCAGAGAGUUGGUGAUUUUUUCCACAUUGCUGGAUUGCCUAAUUAACCCUUUUGGAUUUGGGAAUCACGCCCAGAAUCUUUUAAUACAAAGGACAAGAAGAAAGGAAAAGAGUUUAUUUAAAUCUGAGUUUUGGCGUGCGACACACAAGAUUAAUUGAAGGAGAAGGAGGUUGUAAGUUCAGACCUUCUGUGCCAGAGUCAUGAUGUGGAACAAAGAGAGUGAAAGAAAAACUGGUCUACGGCUGAACUUCCACCUGGAACUAAUUUAAUUCUUAACAUAGAAUCUGAAUAGUUUGAAGCAUUUCAACGUGUGCAGACCUGGAUGCUGUAUUCAGAAAUGUUUGGAAUGAUUCAGACGUAGAGUGAAUACCUGCCACCCAACCUAAGGAUCUACAUCUGAAGAUUGUUCUUCCAAAGUAGCACUUGGUUUUAAAGACAUUUUAAUUCUACAUCCUCCUGUCUCGGACUUGCUUUUUCCCUGAAUGAGAAUGAGAGGGGACAGGAGGUCCUCUUCCUUUCGUAAGGAGAAACCCGCAGGCCUAUCCCGGGCUCUCAGUUGGCUCAGCGUGUCCACCCUCUCCCGCCAGAGCAGGCGCAUCUUCCACAGCCAGAAUGAGCUCCACGCCAUCCACGACCGUCAAGCGCACCUGUACUCGCACACUCACCUUCAUGCUGCAGACAGAGAUGAGGAGGAUGAUGAUGACAACUGGGUGUACCAGCCACAACACAAAAUAGCUGUGUCUAACCUGGAUGAGGAGAGCAAGUGGACGGUCCAUUACACAGCUCCGUGGCACCAGCAGGAGAACGUCUUCCUACCAGGCAGCAGGCCGCCCUGCGUGGAAGACCUCCACCGUCAGGCCAAAGUCAAUCUCAAGACAGCCCUGCGAGAAUGUGACAAACUGAGGAAAGAUGGUUUCCGGAGCUCUCAGUACUACUCCCAGGGUCCCACCUUUUCUGACCCCUCACAGUCCAACAGCAGCCUGCAGGACGAUGAGGAUGAUGACAAUGAUAAGAAGUCCACAGCUUCAUCAGCAGAGGACGACAAGUCUCAGCUGUCCAUGAGGCCCCAGACCCCGCUGGGUGAAGGAGGGGAGGGGUCCGAGGUUGACGGGCAGGUGUUAUGGAACAAGGCUGUGCCCCUCCCCACCCCAGAAGAAAAGAUGAGGCAGACGGCCAAGUCCGUGCCCACAGACAUAGUCGCCAUCAACGUCACAGGGGCAGUGUUUGACCGACAGGCGAGCAUCCGGCGCUCCCUCAUUAACACUGACACCGUGUCCCGCCGGCCCAAGAAGGUCAAACGCAGAAAGACUAUAUCAGGGCUGCCUGACAACAUCAACCAGGAGCUAGCAGCAAAAGGGUACGGCGGAGAUAUCCGGCCGCACUCCAUGUUCAUCCCAGGACAGUACUCCACCUUGGGCCGAGUUGGGAGCGUCAACUCAACACUCCGACGUUCGCAGACCAGAGACUCAAGCUGCCAGACAGAAGAAGUGAAGAUUGUACCGCCGUCCAUGAGAAGAAUUCGAGCUCAGAGAGGACAGGGCAUUGCUGCUCAAAUGGCCGGCAUCUCUGCCUCCUCCUCCACAGGAAGUAUAUCCAUCUCGAGCAGUGACAGCUCCGGGAUCUUGAUGCUGCCACAUCAGUUUAACGGAGAUCCUUCCCGGUUUCACAGUCUGCCCCGACAGGGUGCCAGGGUGUCCCUCAGUGCUGACCCCAUCUAUAGUAGCACGCCCAUCAAGUCAGAGGAGCAAACUACACCUCAGAGGCAGAUUGGAAAGCUUCAGGUUGACGAUACAGUGGUGCACAUGAGAAACGCCCCAAGGACAGGCACACUGCCCAGGCCCAAGUCUCAGGAGUUGAGGGGGACACAGGCCAGUGAUUGGGGUGGCAGUCCAGCAUGUGUGGUCUCACCGCAUGCUGCCUACUCCACCUCACUCAUACCUAAUGCCACCCUAUCUAACUCCUCUGAGGUCAUUACCCUCAAGACCUCCGGUCAGCUCUCCCACUCCCCACUGUCAGCUUACCCCACAGCUCGGACGGCUUCCUCCACCAACACUGACCCUCUGAUCUCCAGUCCAGCAGCCUUUACCCACAGCUCCACCUGCCCAGCCUUGGCCACUUCUACCCCCACUCAUUCACAGCAGGAUGGUAGUCUGGCAGUCGCAGCACCUGCCAGCGAGUCAGGGCACUCGGACAGCAGUGUACACAGCCACAGCACCUUGGCCCCAACUCCACCAUCCUGUCUGCCGGAGGAGCAAUGGAUCUACGACACGCCAGAAAACGUGGUGAUUCCACAUCGUACUCUCACAUCCAGCUGCUCCACUCCCAUAAACCAGCUGUAUAGCAGCCUGGACCUCUCCUCCCGGACCACUACUGACUCCAGCUCCCUCUAUUCCCAAGACAAUGAUGGAUACUACACCUCCAUGCACAUGGACUCAGGCCUGCGCUCCCGCAGCCAUGGCAGUGGGCACGGGGCGGCGGCAGGACGGGCCACCAGACACAGCAUGUACGAGUGCCGCGAGAUGGCCAAUCAGGAAGACUCUGGAAGCUUGUACAGUGAUCGCUCUCUGUCCCGGAGCAUCUCCCUUCGCAAGGCCAAGAAGCCUCCCCUGCCCCCAGCCCGCACAGACUCUCUUAGACGCAAGCCCGGUGCAAAAAAGCCCCUUGGAGGUGUUAGCGCCAUCAGUGGUGCUAAUGAGACAAACGGAGCCAUGCUCAAUGAGUCUCUAAUUGCCAGCUUGCAGCAGAGCCUACAGAUGGGGCUGAGAGGAGGGAAAGGAAAGGGGGCCUCACCUUCCUCACCCUCUCACAGCCCGAGCAGUGACUAUGAUGACCCUUGGGUGCUACGGCCACGCAGUCAGAGUAGCAUCAGUGCAGGUAGCUCUGCCGCAUCGCUAGCAGCUAACGCCAACUGUGGCGGUGUGUCCAACGUGUACUCGCUAUGCCAUGUGACGCCUGCUCAAAGCGAGACCAGCAGCUUGCGCUCGGACUAUGCUGAUUCCUGGGGCUACUACAUGGACUACCCUCAUAACCACGGCGACCAGAGGGCACAGACCCCUCCGGCCCACGCCGCUGAUAGCAUGUCGGUUGGUGCUCAUCCAGGAGAAUUACAGAAUGGAGGUGAGAUUCACAACAGCCCGGCCCCGAGGGCGCCAGACCAAGAGGGAGGAGUGGCAGUGAAGCCCAAAAUGUCCACUUCCUCACCAGACAGGGUGCACAGACUGACCUCCCCAUCUAGCGGCUACUCAAGUCAGUCCAACACCCCCACAGCAGGAACCCCCGUGCCCUCGUUCGUCAGGUCCAUGUCUCCCUCGGGCAGCCGGCCCAAACCCAAAGUGCCCGAGAGGAAGUCAUCUCUCCUCUCCUCUGUAUCCAUGUCCUCCUCUUCCACCUCCCUUUCCUCCAACACCUCUGACUCACUUAAAAGCUCCGGGCCUCCUCCACCACCACCUCCACCUCUGUCCCUCUCCUCCUCCUCAGCUCCCAACACCCCUCUGAGCCCACCUCCACCCUUCCCUGCCCCUCUUCCCCCAAGUUCCAGUGCAGGCACUCCUCUGCCAGCUCCCCCAUUACCAACCACUCCACAGGGUCCAACUCUGAGCCCACCCCCUGCUUGCUCCACCUCCCCAGAAUUCCCUCCUCCUCCAUCCCCUGAAAUGCUAAUCCACCCCAGUUCAUCCUUCAAUAGGAGCUUUAGCCCCCCCCCUCCACCUCCACCUCCUGUCCCCUUCCUGGGGCCACCUCCACCUCCUCCACUGCCUGCUUUUGUCCCACCGUCCUCCUCUCCAUCUUUUGUGAAGGCAGUGAAGGAUGAUCUUAGACCAACUCUUCCCAGCAGCCCUACUCAUUCAUCUAAGCCUCUGAUCACCCCGUUUGCGCUGCAGAGUGUUCAGCUCCGCUCUGUUAAACGGCCAGAGAUGGAGAUUAACGGCAAAUCAGACCACAGCAAAGGUCUGGAAACAGGGGUGGACCUCCUUCAGGGUCUAAAGCCCCAAAUCCUGGAGAAGUCUCUUUCCCUGGAUCAUCCCUCGGGGUUACCACUGUCAAACUGCUCCCCAGAAGAGGAUUCACGUAACUCCUCACCUUCACCUGUGUCUAAGCUCUUACAAGAGCUGUCUUUAGACUGCAGUAUCACAGAUUACACACCAGAUAGCGCUGUCAUAAAUGGAAAAGCUGAGGAUCAGAGUUACUUUCUCUUAAACGGAAAAGAAAAAGUUGAAUUGCCCAGUCCCCCACAGAGCUCCCAAAGCUCUCCUGUCAAACAGAAGCCCCCAGCAGUCUCCAAGAAACCCAAAAUCUCCUUUCUCCCACCACUUAGCUCCCAGCCAAUCACUGAACAGGUUCCAUAUCAGCAUGAGGAUAAGACCAGCCUGUUACAAAUAGAAGACCAAGUAGAUGCGCCGCAAAGACAAAUAAAGCAAGAGGAGAAAGAGAGUAAAAGUGAGCAACAGGAGGAAGAGGAAACUUCAGAGAGCGCCGAGCUUCUGGCAGGGAGCGAUGAAACGUCCACAGUGAGCCAGGACGAGUCCCAUAUCUCUGCUUCUGCUAACCAGGACACAAGUCUUGAUGAUGGACUGUGUACCAACGGAGAGGCUUAUGAAGAAGAGGAGGAGGAGGGAGAUGGAACAAGUAGCACGACUGGAUCUGUCAGCUCCAAGGAGGACGACACUGGUGGUGAGGUGUUCGACUCCAGUACGGCUGAAUCGUCUCCGGUCCCGUCAGCCAACGGGGGCUCCGAGGAGAGCAUGGUGACCCCGACUCCCUCGCGGGCCCGAACCACUGAGGACCUCUUUGCGGCCAUUCACAGGUCAAAGCGCAAGGUCCUGGGCCGCAGGGAGUCUGACGAGGACAAGUCCCGAGCUGGGAGCCACCCACAGUCUCCACCCGUCACCCCGACAGGCAUGACCCCAGGGACGGUGUCCUCCUUGCCCCGUCAGACAGGCUCCAUCCAGCGGAACCUCCGCAAGUCCUCCACCAGCAGCGACACCUUCAAGGCCCUGCUCCUGAAGAAAGGCAGCCGCUCAGAGACCAGCUUUAGGAUGUCAGCCACUGAGAUGCUUCGCUCCACUGACCCCCGCUUCCAGAGAACACGCUCCGAGUCAGAGUUGGACCCCCCCACUGCUUCCCCCUCCUCACCGAUGGCGCCACACAGCCCCUUAACCUCCCCGGGCCGUGGUAAGAGGGCGACAGAUGAGUGGAACCGCUACGAGGCCUUUUCUCUGUCCUCGCCGACAUCAUCGUUCUCAUCAAUGAGCGGCUUCAAGUACGGGCGCUCGCGUACGCCGCCCUCUGCUGCCAGCAGCAAGUACAACGCACGCAGCCGAAUCCUCAGCAGCCCAAUGACAGUAAUCUGUGAGCGUGAGGGGGAGCUGGCGGAGAGUGAGUACGGAGACACUGCAGAAAGUCUGUCUGGACCAGCGGCCCAGACUCUCCCUAUGCUCAAAGACUCCAAUGGCACUUUAUCUGAAGAGAGCAGGAGUUAAAGAGCAAGGACGGCCCCUGAGACAGGGAGCUGAACUCACUUGUCAUAACCAGGUAGGGGGACAGGAAGAGGAGCCAAUAGAAGGCCCUCUAGAGACACCUUCCUGAGCCCCACCCCCUCGGCGCUGCCUCUGAGGGAGUGGACAUGUCGGGUCCUGAUGUGAGGUCUGAGGUCGCCCCAUCGUGGACCAGGCUGAACUUAGUCUGAAGUGGAUAACUGGUUCUGCUGCAGCUAUUCAAGACUCCAUGGUUCUCACUCUCUCCUUUGUUUGGUGACUCACCCUUUGUGUUAAAAGAAUAGUGUUUCUUUUACGCCUGGUGUUCUUAGUUUGUUUUCCAUUUGUUUUGCUGUUUUUAUUUUUAUUUUUUACUUGUCCUUAACACGCAGGAACCCUUUAGUUUCUUUGAAUGACAAGGUUAAGAUGGCAAACUAAGGUGAAUUGAAGGAAUUGAGAAGUCACGAGUCGUUUGCUUUACUUUGCUGCUGUGGUGCUAUGUAGCUAGGCAGGUGGACAGCGUGGAACGUAAAGGCGUGCUGGACGCUCGCCUUGUGAAUCUUCUCAGCUUCUGCGUCGCUCCUGUUGGCUGUGGAAAGUGUUUGAGGGCACCGUGGUUUGCAAGUGUUGGCUUCAAACAGCCCAUAAUACUGUGGGAAGAUCUGGAGGAUGUGGUACAACAGACAGCUCCACUGGUACAACGUCUUUGUUUCGCUUCGCCAGGUUUUGCUUUCUGCUCUUAGGUAAGCGGUUUAGUUUGCAGAGCUGGUGCGUUCAGUGGUUCAGAGGAAGUGCAGAGGGCUCUGUGCUGCCACCUAGUGGUGGACAGGAAGUGAGCAACAGUUGGGUCCGCAAAAACUCAACCAAAACAGCAAAUUUACUCUAAGAAAAAGGCUCACAAAACCUCUAUUAAAUGAAUUUUAGUUUGGAGAUUUUGCACUGUGCGUAGGUGUCUUUGUGACUUUAAAAAGUAUGUUUUAAAGAUUGUUUUAAUAAACAAGUGAUGUCACGACUUGUGUUUGGAAGUUUAGAACGAAUCUAUAAAUGUAAAGCCGGAAAUGACAUUAGAAGAAAAGCUAAUUUUACUGUCCGGGUCUUUUAGUGAUCACGUUGGUAACCAAAGAGCUGAAAAAGUAAUCUGGACGUGAACACAAUCGGAGAGUGCGGCCGCUCGUCUGACACUAAUGCAUUUGGUCCAGCUGAUGCUAAGUUUGCUGAGACCUGCUAGAACGUUUUAGGGCUUAAAUGAUUUCUAUAACGCUGUUUUGACCUUUCUAAGUUUAUCCUUUUGCAGUUAUGUAUGGUUAUGUAUAUAAAUACAUAGAGAAAUGAGUUUUAAGUAACAUUCUGACUUAUUUUCCAAGACUUUGUACAUUUUUAGACCCUGUGUUUGCUGGAAGGGAGUGGUUUCCUUUUUUUGUAGAUUAUUUAUUUUCACAUAGCAGGGCUGCAAAAGUCAACCAGCAAGGUGAUAAAGGUGCGGGGAAGGGUUAGACAGAGGGCCACAUUUACUACGCUGAUCCCACCAUUUCUUUCCUUUAAAGGUGCUUCAAAGUUAGAGGAACGCAAUAAUGUCAAUAUUUAUGCUUAAGCCUUCUACUGCUCUUAAUCUUGAGUCAUGCAAAGCCCACGCUGGUGCUCGCAGUGGAGUAAAUGUGGUCUCUUCAAAGUCAUAAACUGAGGUGGCAGGCGUGAGACUUCAUAACCUCCUAACAGCCAUAACACCCUGUGGUUUAAUCACCUGUGACCAAAGUGUGUCUCUCAGCUCCCGCCCGGCCAUGAUUGAGCACUUUGGGCCCGGGCUUGUCUCAUGACAGGAAACGUCUCAAUGGCGGGGGGCUCGUGAAAACACGGGAGGACUGACGAAGUGGUGGAGCAGUGGGAGUGGAGCUGAAGGCAGGCUGCUAACACUCUUGUGUAUGUCUGUGUAAUAAAAACAAG